CUGCUUCCCGGAGGUGCCAGAAGAGCAGACUGUGGCCCAUGGGGCCCUCGGUGCUGCCAGCCUGGCUGCAGCCCAGGUAUAGGAAGAAUGUAUAUCUUUUCAUCUAUUACUUAAUUCAGUUCUGUGGCCACUCAUGGAUACUGGCAAAUAUGACAGUCAGAUUCUUCUCAUUUGGGAAAGAUUCCAUGGCCGACACGUUUUACGCUAUUGGGUUAGUUAUGCGGGUUUGCCAAUCCAUUUCCCUUUUGGAGCUUCUGCACAUUUACAUUGGCAUUGAGUCGAAUCAGCUUUUCCCACGGUUUUUGCAGCUCACAGAGAGAGUGAUCAUUCUCUUUGGGGUGAUCACCAGUCAAGAGGAGGUCCAAGAGAAAUGUGUAGUGUGUGUUUUAUUCAUCCUUUGGAAUCUACUGGAUAUGGUAAAGUACACUUACAGCAUGCUGUCAGUCAUAGGGACAUCUUAUGCUGUCUUGACAUGGCUCAGUCAAACACUCUGGAUGCCAAUUUACCCUCUGUGUGUUCUUGCCGAAGCAUUCACCAUCUAUCAGUCACUGCCUUACUUUGAGUCAUUUGGUACAAACUCCACCAUGCUUCCGUUCGACCUAUCCACCUGUUUCCCUUAUGUGCUGAAGCUGUACCUCAUGAUGCUCUUCAUAGGUAUGUAUUUCACCUACAGCCAUCUUUAUACAGAAAGAAAAGACAUCCUCCGAGUUUUUUCUGUCAAACAGAAGAACGUGUAAGGUAGCCUGUCGCACAGAGCAGGAGGAAACACCAGGUUUGAGAAGAAACUGGACUGAAAAGACAUGAAAAAUCUGAAAUAUGAAGUCUGUGCAGAUUUGUCCAUUCCUUGGGCAACAGCAAAUGUUUGGUUGCUGAUUCACAAUGAGAAAAUGUCUCCAGUGCCAACUUCCUCUUCACUAAUCAUUGUCUCCUGUUUCCAAGGUACUCUGGAAUCCAGAGCACUUUAAUGCAUGCAGAAAAACCUGGUCUGUUACAGUACUCUCAGGCUUCCCUGUGCCAAAGGCCUGGUGUUUUUCUUAGCAGAUGUGCACCUUAAAGUGGGAGCCAAGAUGUCUGAUGCAGUAGAAAUAGACAUUUUUGCUCCAUUUUAAAGCCGAAAACAAUGUUCCCCAUGGUACUGUUGCAAGACUUCAAACAAGCUAAGCAAAAUGAAACAUCUAGUGUUUUAACAAUCUGGUACCCAAUAGUAAAUGCUAGAUGACUUUCAGUCUCUAGUUGGUAGGACAUACACAACAGUGCAUAUGGGAAGGAGAAGAAAAGCUGGUAUACAUUGCUUCUACCUUCUUUUUUCUCUUGGCUUCAACUAUCUCCUUGUAGUCCAGUCUGUGAAGGAAUUAUAUAUUUGGAAACUAGAACCAGUAGUGCUGCUGUAACUCAGUGCCCUUUGGGACAACAAGAAGAUACAUGCCACCUGUGAAUGUCAGCAGUUCUGUGUUUGUGAAAGGCUAGGCACUUGUCUUUGUAAGGAAGACACAAAAGUCCCUGACUUUGGUGCCAUGACUUUCCAUCCUAAUGAUCCCCUGUAUGUGUAUUUAGAUGAUUGGUUGAAGACUGGGCCCCAGUUGAAGUCACAAUGAUCAACAAGCAUCAAAAGUAUAAUGCUGCCUGAGUCUCUAGCCAAUGCCAGAGCUGAAAUCAUGAUACUAUCUUUAGACCACUAAUACUUUAAGCUUUUAGGUCACUAAUAUUCUGGUGAAGAGGUCUUCAGUCUUAUAAAAAGACUGAUCUUCUGAGGAGAUAUUUAUCCCUUUUUGCUGGUCUAGCAUCCUAUCAUCUUUCUCCCAGGGAAACCCAGUUCAAGUUUGCUUGGAGCUACCUCCUCUGUGUCCAGGACUCAGGUCAACACCCGACUUAGGCCUAACCAUUGAGUAUAUCCCACCUGUCAGGGACCCAAUACUUGUUAAAAGACCUACAGGUAUUCCUAGAGUCUGCCCAGUAUUGAUUCUGCCAUGCCUGUGGGGGAAAGAACUGUUCUUUACUCUUGGUAAUGGUAGCUGGUGGUCAUUUUGCUAAGUAGGAGGCAUGCUCUCCAGAGAAAGAGACCACAGCAUCAGGAUUCAUCAGACCAACCAUUGAGUUUCUUGGUUUGUGAACUAAUAGUCUCCUUUGUGGCCACUAAUGUUGUGAAUUGGAUAACUUCCACUUGCAUUCAUGACACCGAAGCAUGGGAAUUCCACCUAUCACUGAUGAGUCUAACUUGAGUACCAGUCAGUGUCAUGCCUAGUGAUUGGAAUGUGCCUAGCAGUUCUCUUAAGUGGGUGUUUUAUCAACAAGAAUAAAACUCAAUGACACAGUUUCAUGGAAAAUAGAUUAGCACAUCCUUGUCACCUGUAUAGUUUGCUUUCACUGGUAAAAUCUUCCCAUACACUUAAAAAUAAAAGUCACAUUGCACAAAACUCAUAAGAUUAUUUUACUAGAACUUGAGGGAGAGAAAAUAUACUCUAGUUUUCACAAAGAAAAGAUAACUUUUACAAUGAACUCUGUCCAUAUAGAAGUCAUGUUCUAUUUCAGUUUUAAAUGCCCAGGUACCCAAGGAAUGCACCCUUCUCCUGGCCACGCACACAGUGAGAUGUCAGUAUGUAGUCAUCUUCUCAUGACCUCCAUUGGUGAGGAUAACUUUUCAUAGAUCCUCAGAUAGCAGUCCUAAAAAGCUUGUUUCUCUGGUCUGUCUCCUCCCGUGGAGAAUGUUGCUGGUUCCUGUGACUGUCACCACCCAUACGCUCUGGUCCAUACAGCUUUCUUCUUAAACUCUGGGAGAACUCUCAGGGACAGCAGGGUGGCUAGGAGGACAAGAACACAGGCAGACUGAUGCACUUGACACAGCUAUGCUUUGUCUGAAAAUAUCAUUUUGAUCAAAAAGGUGUCAAAGCAGUAAAUGAGAAAUUUUGCAGAACCAUUGAUGUUUGGCAUGCUAGUGAUAAUUAUUUUCUUAAUGUCAUUACUAUUUACAGGAGAUGCUGCCUCUGUAACAAUUUACCUUAAACUUGUGUUCUUUUAGACAUGAACUGGUUUAUCUCCAUUAAGUGUUUAAUUAAAGAGAAGCCCUUACACCUAUAAGAAGGCUGAGCUUUUAUGAUCAAUGAAGCAAGUGUACUCACACUAAACUUUACCUGGACAUGUAUCUGUAAUGUAUGUGUUUCCCACUGUGUUAUGGGUCACAAGGAACAAUUAAAAGUAGAGACAUUCUGAUUAA